GCAUGUGCAGCACUUGUGUCCAUCUAGCCACCAAUAAAUGAAAUGACAAAUACUCUACGCUUUAAUAUCGAUUUAACAUUUUCUCACAUACUUGGAAAUAUAAAUGGACAAUUGAACACCAGAAGUAACCACCUUUAACCAUUUCCACUAAUUUCUCUUAUUGUUUCCCUUUCCAAAAUGAGCAGCCGUGAGUUCAACCAAGAAUUUGAACAAGAAUCUUCCUUCAACAAUCAAGCUAUGAACCCUUUAUGCCAUGAGGAAUUCAGAAGGAAAGCUCACAUGAUCGUAGACUUCAUCGCCGAUUAUUAUAUGAACAUCGAGAAAUACCCAGUUCUAAGCCAAGUUGAGCCGGGUUAUCUUCGAAAACGUUUGCCUGAAUCUGCGCCUUAUAAUCCUGAACCGAUAGAAACAAUCCUUAAAGAUGUGCAAAAACAUAUAAUUCCUGGCAUUACACACUGGCAGAGUCCUAACUACUUUGCAUACUUCCCAUCAAGUGGCAGCACUGCAGGUUUUCUCGGUGAAAUGCUUAGCAGUGGCUUUAAUGUUGUGGGUUUCAACUGGGCGUCAUCACCAGCUGCAACUGAGCUAGAAAGCAUUGUGAUGGACUGGCUUGGAGAAAUGCUUGAGCUUCCAAGAUCUUUCCUCUUCUCUGGAAAUGGUGGGGGUGUUAUCCAAGGCACUACCUGCGAAGCCAUUUUGUGCACCCUCAUUGCUGCCAGAGAUCAAAUGAUAAGCCGGGUUGGAAAGGAGAAAAUCGGGAAGCUAGUUGUUUAUGGUUCAGAUCAAACACAUUUCGCAUUCCUAAAGGCAGCUCAAAUUGCUGGAAUCCAUCCUGAGAAUAUUCGAGCCAUUAAGACCACUAAAGCAACAUUGUUUGCGCUGUCCUCUGAUUCAUUCAGCUUGUCUGUUCGAUCAGAUUUAGAAGCCGGCCUGAUCCCUUUGUUUCUCUGCGCCACUGUGGGUACAACUGCAACCACUACUGUUGAUCCACUGAGACCAUUAUGCGAAGUGGCAAACCAACACAGCGUAUGGGUUCAUGUAGAUGCUGCUUACGCUGGGAACGCGUGUAUAUGCCCAGAGUUUAAUCAUUUUCUUGACGGGGUAGAGGGUGCAAACUCGUUUAGUCUCAAUGCUCAUAAAUGGUUCUUUACCACUUUGGAUUGCUGCUGCCUCUGGGUGAAGGAUCCAUGUGCUCUUGUAAGGUCGCUCUCAACAAAUCAUGAGCUCCUAAGGAAUAAAGCUUCUGAUUCAGCACAGGUAGUGGACUACAAAGACUGGCAAAUAGCCCUAAGCCGGAAGUUUCGAUCCAUGAAACUCUGGCUUGUGUUGAGAAGUUACGGUGUGACCAACCUCAGAAACUUCCUCAGACGCCAUGUCGAAAUGGCCAAGCUUUUUGAAGGAUAUGUAGCGGAGGACAACAGAUUUGAGAUAGUGGUGCCCAGAAAUUUUGCAACGGUUUGCUUCAGGAUUCAGCCGGGGGCAAUUGCAGUGGCAAAUGGGAAGCUCCAUGAUCAAGAUAUACUUGCGAAUGAGCUGAAUAGAAAAUUACUGGAGUCCGUUAACGCUUCAGGCUGCAUUUACCUGACUCAUGCUAUUGUUGGGGAAGUUUAUAUCUUACGGUUUGCUGUUGGUGCUACUCUUACAGAAGAUCGGCAUGUGAUUAUGGCCUGGAAGGUAGUGCAAGAUCAUGCAGAUUAUGCAAUCCGUCAGUUUCAGUUUAAACUGAAUCAAGUUGAUUAAAUCGAACUCCUCGUUAUUUAAAACUGAUAAUUAUAUUCGUUCAGAAAUAGAUGAAAAAUAAAACUGUAUUCUACUAUAUUAUAGUUUAUGGGUCAACGUAAUAUGCGUAUCCAGUUCUGACAAUACAUAACAUUGUCCUUAGCUUUUCAAGAAACAGAGAACAGUAGCAGAUCGGAGAAGCUUGGCGCAAUAGCUUCUCACUUUUAAUUCACACAAACCAGCGCUCUUAUAGGCUCGUGUUCUCUGCAUUUGGUUCUUUGCUUCACUCCAUAUUUUAAAUUUUGGAUUGACCGGAGUCAGGAGGGGGAGAUGCAGUUUCAUCCAGUUGGAUUUUGAGUUGGUGGGUGGCUUAUCUCGGAGAGAGCAGAGAGAGAAUAGA